CUAUGAUUACUUAAAAAGACUUGAUGCCAUUUUUGAAUUUGAUUAUGGCGGGAAAAAACAGAAAUAGAACUCUGGAUUUGAGUAAUGAAAUGCUAAGAAUAAACAGAACACUUUUAUUUUACACCUUAUGAUUAUGUAAUAUACUACACCAAAUAACAGUAGUUUUAUAAGGCACAUCUUCAUGGAGGAACCCUCUUUGUGCUAAUUUUGGGAAAUCAGAUGAAACGGCAAAUCAUAUUUUGUAUCCAGUCUAGGAGGAAGAGUGAUCAGUCAAGAUCACACCAGUUAGUCCCUAUUGAGCUUCUUAUAUAUCCUCAGAGGUCAGUCGAGGCUGGAUUGUCAGCUACCACAAACUAUCGAAAAAAGUGGUGCUGUAAUAUAGUAGAGUUUCCCUUACACUGGUUGUAGAAGACAACAGUUCCCCCAGAAGACAUUCUUGAAUUGAUAGGACAGUUGGGCAAGCAAUUGUUGUCUGUAAGACAGCAAUUUGUGGAACAAAAAAAUUGCAGAUCUAUUAUCACCACAAUUGUGCAUGGGGCUCUUGAUGAUCUGUAUUUGGGCCAUUGUUAUUCUUGGUAUACAUCAAUGACAUACAAAAUUGUCUCAGUAAUAGUACUAGUAGCAAACUAUUCCUGUAUGCUGAUGACACUGCAUUUCUUUCAACUCACAGCACCUUAGAAAACCUAGACAAUGGGGCAUGGGGAACAUUCAAAACUGGUUUGUUAUUAACAGGCUGACAUUAAAUGAAAACAAAACUUGGACAGUGAAUGCCAAAAUCGAGGAAGAGGCAUCACUCCCGUUCCCGAUCUAGAUCGCGCUCCCUAUCUAGAGAGAGGGAUGACAAAUACAAGAGAUAUGAGUCGUACGAGAAGGACCGCGAUGGAAAGAAGAGGAAGGUCGAUUCAUAUGAAAGUCCCCCACAUAAAAGAUCACUUAGCUUAUCUUCAGGUAUUUCCAUUAGACCAUUAUGCCUGAUAUAUUCCAAGAGAAAAUAAAUCAAAUGAUGUCACAGCAUCAGUUAUAUGGACCUGCCAAGUGUACCCAGCAAACACUUGUUUUGCGGGACGAUAACAUUUACGAUGCCAAACGAAACGGAAUAACUCCUGACACUGCAAAAGCUUUAUUAUUCUGACACCAUAAUCUGCCUGAAUUGAAUUUUAAAUGUUUUUAACCGCGUUGUUUUUGUUAGCUU